GUAUCAUGUCAUCCUUGGUAAACAGUUGACAUUUGUGGAUGAGUAAUUUAUUUUUGUGUGUGUUUUUUAUUUGGAUUUGGUCAUCAUUUCAACAUAAUCUAAGAAAAGCGAAAAUCCUUUCCAACUUUGCUAAAGAUUUUUGUGCACUUAGUUUCUAUUAGAUUAACAAGAUAAAAUCUCAUCAUGGAUUGGUUAUUUGGUAAAAAAAUCUCACCGGAUGAGAUGCUACGCAAGAACCAACGCGCCCUGAAUAAAGCUAUGCGUGAACUGGACAGAGAACGUAUGAAAAUGGAGCAGCAGGAGAAAAAGAUUAUUGCGGACAUAAAACGUAUGGCUAAGGAAGGUCAAAUGGAUGCAGUGAAAAUUAUGGCCAAAGAUUUGGUACGCACACGGCGCUAUGUGAAGAAAUUCAUGUUGAUGAAGGCAAAUAUACAAGCAGUCUCGCUGAAAAUACAAACUCUAAAAUCACAAAAUACCAUGGCACAAGCGAUGCGCGGCGUUACUAAGGCAAUGCAAAAUAUGAACCGCCAAUUGAAUCUCCCACAAAUUCAAAAGAUAUUACAUGAAUUUGAAAAGCAAUCUGAAAUCAUGGAUAUGAAAGAAGAAAUGAUCAAUGAAGCCAUUGACGAUGCGAUGGAAGAUGAGGGUGAUGAAGAGGAGACCGAUGCUGUAGUUUCGCAAGUGUUAGAUGAAUUAGGCUUACAGCUCGGUGAACAACUAGGAGAUUUGCCCACUGCCUCAGGAUCAUUAUCUGUUGCUGGUGGCGCUAAGACUACACCGGCUGCGGUAGCUGCUGGUGGUAUAGGGUCGGGCGCAGGUGGUGGCGGCAAUGGUGGUAAUGGCGGUAGCACAGCAGCAGCUGGUGGAAGUGGUGCAUCUUCGCCAGUGUCCGAUGCUGAUGCCGAUUUGCAAGCUCGUUUGGACAAACUGCGUCGGGACUAGGAAUUAUUCGAAAACGAUUGAACAGAAAGCAGGCAUUUGCGCUUCGUAACACACUUUAAAUAUUAGUAUUUUACUUUAUGCAUAUAUGAUCUUAAGUUUUAUAUUAAAUAAUAGCUGAAAUAAGGUGGUAAUUUUAUAUGAAUUAAUUUCCUUUCAAACACGUUAUUAAAAAAGCGAAGUGCAUAUAAAAGAUUUUUCAUGUACAUAAUAAAAAGUAUGUAAGCCUUUUGGCAGAACAAUUGAAACACACGUUAAAAAAUUGAAAGAUCCGUCAGUGGUCUGAAUUGUUAGAAAAACGAAUUGCUUUUAUUUAAAAUAUUUUAUUUAUUUAAUCAAUAACAAUUUCGUUGAAGAAUUUUCUAUAAAUUCGAUUCACACAUUAUUGAAUUUUCUAAAUUAGAUGAGCAAAGCUGCACAUAUUUUUAUAUAUGUAAUCAAUAUAAAUACCAUUAAUAAUUUCCCUCAACUUAAAUUAAUAAAAUAAGUUAAUCGUUGAUUUACUAGCAUAUAUAUAAUAUGUAUUGAUAAGGUUAUUCAUCAUCUUUUGUUUUGUAUGUAAUUUUUUUUCAAGUAUCGUCUUAUCUUAUAAGCGCACAGCAGUUUCACAGACGUCACUGAAUGUACCUCUCCCUGCCUUCUCUUUCUAAAAGUUGUAUUACUUUAUGGAGCUUUCUUAAUAUCAGCCGCUCGCCCAAUGAAAUUUCGCUUUUAUAUAAAGGGCUAGUCAUUCUUAUCAAGCCUAAUUUGUACAAACGUGUGUGUGUGUUUGCAAAUAAUGCAUGUUUGACCGAUAAUAUACCUUUGAAAUUUA